GUUAUUUGAUUCUAUUAUUCGUGUAAAUAUGUGUUCUGUUAUUUGAUUCUAUUAUUCGUGUAAAUAUGUGCAACUAAAACGACGCCUGGUCACUAUUUAUGUUUCUCUCUCUUCCCUCCAUCUGCCCAGUGCCUCAUGCAUUUUUGUUUUAUAUACAGUGGAGGAAAAGCAUGAAAAUGAAACAAGACAAUGACUGGCUUGACUGAAACAAAUAUUAAAGAAUUUGAAAAAAAAAAAUGGCUGCCAGUAGGCCCCAUAGAAGUGCAAGGAGCCACAGUCCCUUGCAUUCAACCCUCUGAUGCAUUAUCCCUCUCAGAAACAAUAACAAUAUUUAGCUUUAACAACUCAACCAGUUUCUUUUUCUUCCAUAUCUUUUCGCAGAGAUAAGCUUGCAGUUUGAAAGGAUACCAUGGAGGGCCAAUGUGCAAUAAAGAAAGAUGUCACCGAAUUAAUCGGAAAUACCCCAAUGGUGUACCUGAACAAUGUUGUGGAAGGUUGUGUAGCUCGUAUUGCUGCCAAGCUAGAGACGAUGGAACCCUGCUCUAGUGUUAAAGACAGGAUUGCACAUAGUAUGAUCAAGGAUGCGGAGGAUAAAGGUCUGAUAACUCCGGGAAAGACUGUUCUCAUUGAGCCCACAGGUGGCAACACUGGCAUUGGAUUAGCAUCCAUAGCAGCUAGCAAGGGUUACAAGCUGAAGCUAGUCAUGCCAUCAUCAUAUAGUUUUGAAAGAAGAAUUGUGCUCCUAGCUUUUGGAGCUGAGGUACACCUCACAUAUGGGGACAAAGGUUUUCAGGAAGUUCUUGAUAAGGCCGAGGAGUUGCUACGUGAAACACCCGAUAGUCAUAUGCUUCAGCAAUUUGAAAAUCCUGCCAAUCCAAAGAUUCAUUACGAAACCACUGGGCCGGAGAUAUGGAGAGACUCAGCAGGGAAAGUUGAUAUCUUGGUUUCAGGGAUAGGAACCGGUGGCACAGUAACCGGUAUAGGGAAAUUUCUUAAAGUGCAAAAUCCAGAGAUCAAGGUGUAUGGUGUAGAACCAGUUGAGAGUGCAGUCUUGAAUGGCGGUCCACCUGGAAAGCAUCUGAUCCAAGGAAUCGGUUCUGGCUUCAUUCCUCAAGUUCUUGAUGUUAGCCUGCUAGACGAAGUUAUUCCAGUAUCCGGUGAGGAAUCUAUUGAGACUGGUAAGCUACUUGCCUUAAAAGAAGGUCUUUUGGUGGGAUUCUCAUCUGGUGCUGCAACAGCAGCAGCAGUAAAGUUGGCAAAAAGGCCGGAAAAUGCCGGAAAACUAAUAGUUGUCGUGUUCCCCAGUUGUGGAGAGCGGUAUCUGUCUACUGCACUAUUUGAUACCAUUAGGCAUGAGGCAGAAAACAUGACUUUUUGACAGCGUUGCCUAUAAUUGAAAUAAUACAUAGACUAGUUCUUGUUUGUAUGGCAUAAUGACUAUGGACCCGUAAAUGGUUAUUACCACUCACAGAUCCUUGUUAUCCUCAUUGGAUUAAGGGUUCUUUCUCUGUCUGUUUAUCUUGAACACACUUCUAUUCAAACCAUCAAUAAUACAUAUAUAGUAUUUCAAGUG